AUGAAGGACGAGCCGCAGUCCAAGCCCCGGUCCACCAAGAAGACCCGAGAAGCCUCCAAGACGAGGGAAGCAGCCGACGACCGGCCCAUGGACAUCAGCCGCGUCUGCCGCGUGGCCGUGAGCCGCCGGGGCGUCGUGCGGGACAUGCUCUUGCACCCCGACAUGCCCGUUGAGGACCUCCAUGCCUGCCUCCGGGCGAUCUUCCCGGACGUCGGGACGCCGAUCGCGCUCAAGAACGAAACCGACACGCUCUUCCCGCUCUCGCUACUCGCGCACCACCCGGGCGCGUUCAGCGCGGCCCGCAAGGUGCAUGCGCACGCCCACGUCCACGCGAGCUCGCUCGAGCUCAUCUGUCUUGGCGACCCGGACGUCAGCUACGCAGAGAUCACGCGCUCGCAGCGCGUCGGAUGGCACGACGAAGCACCGGCUCUGGACCUUUCGGAAUACACGCUGUCGCAGCUCAUUGACACGUUUCGGGCGGCGGCGCCCACCGGCGGUCUCGACCGUAGCUCGUUCAUCAAGUGCUUGGCGCAGCUCUGCCACCGCAGCGACCACGAUGUCUUUUCGCGCUUCUUUGACCUCUUUGAUAAGGACCGCAACGGCGUCGUCGACGUCGUCGAGUUUGUGAGCGGCCUCUCGGUGCUCGUGCACGGCGACCGCGACGAGAAGAUCCAAGCUACGUUUGCGCUCUACGACACGAACGGGGACGGCUACAUCUCGCUCGAAGAGAUGACCACGUACCUCACGUCCGUCUACCUUGUCGUUGCCGAGCUCAACCCGGCCGUCUUCCUCUCCAACCGUGUGGAUCCAAUCCAGCUGGGCCAGGUCACAGCGCAGCAGUGCUUUGACGAAGCCGACUUGAACCACGACGGACGUCUCUCCUUCCACGAGUUUCAGCAGUGGUAUGCGCGUACCAACCAACAGGCGCCGCAACACGCCCGAGCGCUCAAAAUGCUCAACCAAAAGCAGACGCACGAGCAUGCGUCGCAGCCCAUCCAGGUCAAGUGGACGCUGGAGGCGGUCCGGGACAUGACGGGGCUCGGCGACUACACUGUCGAAGAAAUGCUCGCACAGUUUCCACACUCGCGGUCGCUCUCGGAGAGCGACUUUGUUGCAAUGAUGACGCGCAUUCUCCAGCGGCAGCGCAAGCCCGUGAGCGUCGAGAUCGCAUCGCUCCUCAAGCGCUUGUACAAGCUCUUUUCGGACCCGAACGAGCUGCGCACGGGCUUGAGCAUCCUGUGCGCGCCGGACGUGGACGCGGUCUUUGGCCUCGUCGACACGAACGGCGACGGGCAAAUCUCGAUGGACGAGAUGACGGCGUACUUUCGAGCCGUCUUUCGUGUCUUGCACGGCGUCACCAACGUCCACGUGCCGCUGGCGCCAGACGUGCUUGCGACGUGCACGGCGCAGCAGAUGUUUCACGACUUUGACAUGAACCGGGACGGUAUCUUGAGCCGCCUUGAGUUCCAAGCCUGGUAUGCAACCCCGACGGCGGCGUUGCCCAAGCCUGCGCCGCUCUUUCCCAACCACGCGGCGGUCGGGACGAUCCACGUCGCGCCGUCGACGAUGACGCUCGAGCGUGUCGGCAAGCUCACGAACCUCUGGACGCGCCACCCCGUCGAUGUCUUUGAGAUCCUCGCGCUGUACGUCAACGGCGACGGUGUCCUCGAUCGCACCGCGUUUUACCACGCGUUUGAGCGACUGAUGCAGGGCGGGUCGGCCGAAGCAGAGACGCCGCAGGUGAUUGCGCGGCUCUUUUCCGCCUUUGACAGCGACGGCAACGGGGUCGUGGACUUUUGCGAGCUGAGCUCAGGCUUGAGUCUUCUUUGCGCCGGGUCGCAGAGCGAGAAGGUCGAGGCAGCGUUUGCCUUGUACGACGUCAACAAGGACGGAUUCAUCUCGUACCCCGAGAUGGUAAGCUACCUCACGGCCGUCUUUCGCGUGCUUGCCGCCUUUGCGUCGACGCCACUGCCCCUGUCGCCCGAGAAACUCGCCGAAGUGACUGCCCAGGACGCGUUCGUGCAGUACGACGCCAACCGGGACGGCCAACUCAGCUACGACGAGUUCACGUCGUGGUACUCGACGCCCGUUCCGAGCGCGCCCCCCGCACCGCUCACGCCCGAUCUUUCGCUGCUUCGUGACGUGCGCGAGCUCACGUGCCUCGGGCAGUACGCGGUCGACGACAUCUUUGCGUUUUUCCAAGCGUCGGCCAAGGAACAUGGUGUCUUGACGAAAGCUCAGUUUUUCCGGUGCUUCAACAAGCUCUUGAGCAAGACAACGACGGCACCGAAAGCGUCGGUCAAAGCCACACUCGACCGCCUCUUUGUACUCUUUGACGCCGAUGGCAACGGUAGCGUCGACACGAAGGAGCUCGCGGCCGGCCUCUCACUGCUCUGCGGCGGUUCGGCCAAAGAAAAGGUGACCGCGGCCUUCUCGCUCUUUGACACGAACGGCGACGGCUUUAUUUCUCAGUCCGAGAUGGAAACGUACCUCACGGCGGCGUUCAAGAUCCUCUUUGAGACCGCGCCACACCUGCCGCAGCAGCUCGGAACUGACUCGCCGAUCGCCGUGGCCAAGGCCACAACUGCGCAGUGCUUUGCGUCCUGCGAUACAAACCGCGACGGCAAGCUGAGCUUGGAUGAGUUUAGUGUCUGGUACCAAAACCCGGGCGCGGUGCGGACAGCGGGUCCACGCCCAGUUUCGAUUCCGGAGGCGCAAGCUACUCUCGGCAUGCAAGGCAUGUCCACGCGACAGCUCAUCGCUGCACUUGGCAACGCGGCACGCAAGCCCGUGACCAGUGGUGGUAUCCUCAGCGUUCUUGGCUUGCACGGAGCCCGCGCCGCGCCGGCCAACGAGCUACUGGAAGCGCUGCUCACGGCCCUCGCUGCCUCCGUGGCCGUGCGCGUCACGUGGCCCGAUGUCGUCGCUGGGCUAUCGGUGCUUGCACACGACGCAUCGCAGGACGACAAAGUGCAAGCGGUCUUCGCCCUCAUUGACCGCAACGGCGAUGGGCGGCUCUCUCAAGCCGAGCUCGCGCGGUAUUUCACGGCCGUCUUUAGCGUCAUGUACGUGCUCGAGCCGCAGAAGCAGUCGACACUUGGAGGCGUCGGGCCUGUCGCCCUUGCCGAGGCAACCGCCGCCACGACCAUGGCCGAAGCCGACACGGACCGCGACGGCUCCGUCUCGUUUCCCGAAUUUCAGCGGUUUGUAGCGAUGGGAUGCAUGCAUGGCUUCACGGAUCGAUGUGUAUGUAGAUGGUACGCGCCGGGACCGACCUCGUUGGCGGACUUUCGGCGUGUGACGCACCUCGGCGGCUUGGACGUGGACGACGUUUUUGAAACGUUUGCCGACUACGCGGACGAUGCGGGCUUGAUUUCGUUUGAGCGAUUCCACGACGGCUUGCUGAGCCUUGCGGGGCACAGUCCGGACCCGAGUUUGUCGACGGUGGCGUCGCGGCUCUUUCACGCAUUUGACCAAGACCAGAACGAGCGCGUCGACUUUAGCGAGCUCGCGUCCGGGCUCUCCGUGCUCUGCAAAGGGUCACGCGACCUCAAAGUUAAGGCAGCCUUCUCGCUCUACGACUACAACGGCGACGGAUACAUUUCCAUGGACGAGAUGGUCCGGUACUUGACGUCCGUCUUCCGCGUCCUGUAUGAAGUGUCGCCGGGCAUGGCCACGGAGACGGGCGUCUCGGCCGCCGAGCUCGGCGCCGCGACAGCCAAGCAGGCCUUUGUCGAGGCCGAUACCAAUCAUGACGGCAAGCUGAGCUUGGAAGAGUUCACCGAGUGGUACAAGCAGCCGCUGAACGCAAGCGCUGAAGAGAUGGCUGUCGCGACCGGCAAGCGCUUGACUCUGGAACAGCUCCAGCACGCGACGAACCUCGUGCACUUUUCGGCCGAGGAAGUCUUUGAGCUCUUUGCCGAGGCGGCCAACGAAGACGGCAACUUGACCAAAGAGUCGUUCAAUCAGUGCUUUGCGACGCUCAUUCCGAAUGCGCCGGCCGACGUUCGCGGCUUUUUGAACCGCUUGUACGCGCUGUUUGAAGUGGACGGCAUUGUCGACUUUUCCGCGCUCAGCAGCGGCCUCUCGGUGCUCUGCGGCGGCUCCAAAGAAGACAAGGUCCGCGCCGCGUUUGCGCUCUUUGACUUUAACGGCGACGGGUUCAUCUCGCAAGACGAAAUGACGCGGUACCUCCACUCGGUUUUCCAAGUGCUUUACGAAGUGGGUGCGCACACGGUCAAGGAUGUGACACCGCUCGAGCUCGCGACUAUCACCGCCGAGCAGGCAUUUGACGAGGCCGAUCUCAACCACGACGGCAAGAUUAGCCUCGACGAGUUCAAAAAAUGGUACCAGCAGUCGGGUGCCAACGAGAGCCGCGCGACGCUCUUUAGUCUCCAGGAGGCGCGUCGACUCACGCAACUCGAGCGCUUCCCGGCCGAGCAUGUCUUUGAAGUGCUCGCCGAGGUCGCCGACGCCAACGGCAACCUCACCAAAGAGGCGUUUGUCCAGUGCUUUGAGUCGCACUUUGUCGUGGGUCCGAUUGUGGGGCGUGUCCACGACGUGCUCUCGCGCCUCUUUGGCAUCUUUGACGCCGAUAACAAUGGUGUCGUCGACUUUAGCGAGAUCACGGCAGGCCUCACGCUGCUCUGUGGCGGCGCGCGCAAGGAAAAGAUCCAAGCAGCGUUCGCGCUGUACGACUACAACCACGACGGCUACAUCUCGCUCGAGGAAAUGACGCGGUAUCUCAGCGCGGUCUUUAAAGUGCUCUACGAAACCGACCCGACGCUGGCCGAGAAGAUGCAAGUGACCGCCGACGAGCUCGCGCAAGUGACGGCAGAGCAAGCCUUUUUGGAUGCCGACCGCAACCACGACGGAAAGCUCUCGCUCGAUGAGUUUGAGACGUGGUACACGCAGUCGAACGGCCUUCCGACCACCAAGCCAAAGAAGAUUAUCUCGCUGCCGUCGCUCGCCCAAGUGCGGCACCUGACCAAUUUGCACGCGUUCCCGCCAUCGCAAGUCGUCGAGUGCUUCCGCCGCGCCGCCCAUGACGCGACGGGGCAGCUCUCGCUCGACGACUUUACGUCAGUGCUCCAGAGCUUCGCGACAGGUGAUGCGGCCUCUGUCGACGCGGUCGCCACACGGCUCUUUGCGAUUUUCGACACGGAUGGAAACGGGGUCGUCGACUUUAACGAGCUCGGCGCCGGGCUUAGCGUCCUCUGCGGCGGCACGCAGGAAGACAAGGUCCGCGCUGCGUUUGCGCUCUAUGAUGCGAACCACGACGGCACCAUCUCCAAGGCGGAAAUGGCUCUGUACUUGACGUCAGUCUUCAAGGUGCUCUACGAGAGCUCGCCCGAAACGCAAGCGCGUCUCGCCGGCGUCUCCCCGGACGAGCUUGGCGAAGUCACGGCCGACCAAGCGUUUGAGGAGGCCGAUCUCAACCACGAUGGGAGCUUGAGCUUUGACGAGUUUCGCAAGUGGUACCUCACACCGAGCGCGUCGGGCCUCAACCAUGUCGAGAUGCCGUCGUGGGUGAGCCUCGCGAGCGUGCGCGAGCUCACGCAGCUGCACAAGUACGCGCCACAAGACGUCUUCAACGUCAUUGCUCAAUACGCGAAUGACAAGAGGCAACUCGACCGGGCAGCGUUUGAGGCGAGCUUUGCCGCGCUCAUCCCGCUGCAGAGCAUGGACACGGAGGCUCGGUACCGCGUGCAUUUGAUUUUGGACCGCCUCUUUGAGAUCUUUGAUGCUGACCAGAACGGACUGGUCGACUUUUUGGAGCUGAGCAGCGGUCUCUCGGUGCUUUGCGGUGGACGCAAGGAGGACCGUGUCAAGGCCGCGUUUGACCUCUACGACCUCAACCACGAUGGCGUCGUCUCGCUCGAUGAGAUGACGACGUACCUCACAUCUGUCUUUAAAGUGCUCUUUGAAACCAACCCGGGGCAGCAACCGCCGGACGCGACGCCAUCCGACCUGGCGCACAUCACGGCCGAGCAGUGCUUUGAAGAGGCCGACCUCAACCACGACGGGAAGCUCUCGCUCGAUGAGUUUGUGUCGUGGUACUCCAAGACGAAUGCCACCGUCUCGGACGCGGGCAGUGCAGUGGCGAUGGCUGGCUCGGACGACGAAGCACCAAGCGCAGGCACGUCGACGUCGGCGGGCGGCAUGGAGCGCAUCCGGUCGCUCCUCAAGCUCGACAUGUACGAGGUCGCCGACAUUUUCGAGAUCUUUGCCGAAGCCGCGCCGUCCGGUGAGCUCAACUUUGCGUCGUUCCGGCAGUGCUUUGAGCACAUGGUGGAGCUCGCAGGCGGGUACCCGUCGCCGCAGGCCAAGCAGGAGGCCUCGGUCGUCAUUCGCCGUCUCUUUCGCGCGUUUGACCGCGACGAGAACAACGCCGUGGACUUUGGCGAGCUCGCGAGCGGCCUCAGCGUCCUCUCCGGCUCGUCCAUGGACGACAAGGUGCUUGCGGCCUUUCGCCUCUAUGACAUCAACGGCGACGGGUUCAUCUCGCUGGACGAAAUGGUGAGCUACAUGACGUCGAUCUUCAAGGUCAUGUACGAGACGUCGGACCGCGCCAAAGACAAGAUGGGCGUGUCGCCCGAAGAGCUCGCGCGGGCCACGGCGACGCAGUGCUUCAAGGACGCCGACGUCAACCACGACGCGCGCCUGAGCUUUGACGAGUUCAAGCAGUGGUGCACGGCGAGCAUGUAAGCAAAGUUAGCCCAGGUGUCACUGCGUAAUGCCAAGUCUUUGUAUUUGC